AUGAAGGAGAUCUAUCUGGCCGGUGCCGCUGCGGCCUUCACAGUCGACGUGCUCAUAUAUCCCCUCGACACACUGAAAACGCGGCAUCAAAGCCAGGACUUCAUUAAAUCUCCCGUUUCAAAGCCUCUCGCCUUGAGGGGCCUCUACCAAGGCAUCGGCAGCGUAAUACUCGCAACUCUCCCAGCAGCCAGUAUAUUCUUUUCAACAUAUGAGACUGCAAAAGGCGUGUUCGGGCGGCAUCUCCCCGUGCCCGAGCCAGUAACCCAUUCCCUCGCUUCAGCAGUCGCCGAGAUGGCCUCGUGCCUCGUUCUGACGCCUGGCGAAGUCAUUAAGCAAAAUGCCCAAAUUGGGCUUUUCACGGGGUAUUCGGCCCUGGUUGCACGUAACCUGCCGUUCACAGCGCUUCAGUUUCCCCUAUUCGAGAAUCUACGAAAACGUCUGUGGAAUCAAAGAUUAAGUUCAAGAGAGGAUCAGACAAGAGGUGUAAGGGAAACGGGGUUGAUUGCGGGAGCCAGUGCAGGCAUGGCUGGGGGUCUGGCUGCGUUUGUGACUACGCCGAGCGAUGUGAUUAAAACACGGAUGAUGCGGCAUAGAAGAAUACCUUUUACGAAGACUGUGAAAGAUGUUUGGCGUGAGAGGGGGAUCCGGGGCUUCUUUCGCGGAGGAGCAUUUCGCUCUGCUUGGACAGCAGUAGGCAGUGGCUUGUAUCUGGGCAUGUAUGAUGCCGCAAAGCUGUGGCUCGAGAGGAGGCAGUAG